AGCUCUUUGUGGGAGCCGACGGUCCCGCACCGCUCUAGCCUUCUUGCGGGUUUCUUCUACCGUAGCAGCAUAACGGGGCUCCGGCCUGAUGUCCGAGCUGCCUCAGCUUCUGAAGCCUGUUUGAGAAAUGUUUCACCAGAGUGCGGAGGAGGCGAGAGACACCAGCUUUAGCAAAACAGGUGCGUGUUGGGCUACAUCAGGAUAAAAGGCAAAUUAUAAACCAUCAUGAUUCCCGUCACAGAGCUCCGAUACUUUGCUGACACCCAGCCAGCGUACCGCAUCCUGAAGCCAUGGUGGGACGUUUUCACAGACUACAUCUCAAUCGUCAUGCUGAUGAUUGCGGUGUUCGGCGGGACGCUGCAGGUCACACAGGACAAGAUGAUCUGCUUGCCUUGCAAGUGGGUCGUUAAUGACUCGUGCGAAGUCAUGCCCAUGCCGAAUCUGACCACCCACUACGCACCGGAACCCAAAGGCAUUCAGUAUGACCUUGACCGACAUCAGUAUAACUAUGUAGACGCAGUCUGCUAUGAGAAAAAACUACACUGGUUUGCCAAAUAUUUCCCCUAUCUGGUGCUACUCCACACUCUAAUCUUCCUGGCCUGCAGCAACUUCUGGUUUAAGUUCCCCCGCACAAGUUCUAAAGUGGAGCAUUUUGUCUCCAUCCUCCUCAAGUGCUUCGACUCCCCGUGGACAACGAGAGCUUUGUCUGAGACCGUGGUGGAGGAGAGCGACCCCAAGCCUGUGGGGAAAAUGAACGGUUCGAUGGACAAGAAGGCCUCAAGCGUGAGCGAGGAUGUUGAGGCCAGUGUGCCCAUGCUCCAACGAACAAAGACCAGAAUUGAACAAGGAAUUGUUGAUCGCUCUGAAACUGGAGUUUUAGAUAAAAAGGAAGGGGAGCAGGCCAAGGCCCUUUUUGAAAAGGUUAAAAAGUUCAGAAUACAUGUAGAGGAGGGUGAUAUAGUGUACCGCCUUUACAUACGUCAGACCAUUAUCAAGGUAAUAAAGUUUAUACUGAUAUUUGGCUACACAGCCCACUAUGUAAAACACAUCAGCUUCAAUGUGCUGUGCACAGAGAAUAUUCAGAAUCUAACCGGGUACAGCUCGUUCCAUUGCGCCCAUCCGUUAGCAACUCUUUUCAGGAUUUUGGCCUGUUUCUACAUCUCCCUGGUGGUGGUUUAUGGACUCAUCUGCAUGUACACUCUUUGUUGGAUGCUCAGCCGCUCCCUGAAACGAUACUCCUUUGAAGCAAUCCGUGAGGAAAGCAGUUACAGUGACAUCCCAGAUGUAAAGAACGACUUUGCCUUCAUGCUGCACAUGAUAGAUCAGUAUGACCCUCUUUACUCCAAGCGCUUCGCUGUGUUUCUGUCAGAGGUGAGUGAAAACAAGCUGAGGCAACUCAACCUGAACAAUGAGUGGACACUGGAGAAGCUACGGCAGCGUAUCACCAAGAACUCCCAGGAGAAGCUGGAGCUGCACCUCUUCAUGCUCAGCGGGAUUCCAGACACGGUGUUUGAUCUGAUUGAACUAGAGGUGCUCAAGCUGGAACUUAUUCCAGAUGUUACUAUCCCUCCAAUCAUCGCCCAGCUUUCCAACCUAAAAGAAAUGUGGCUCUAUCACACCCCGGCUAAAAUUGAGGCUCCAGCUCUGGCCUUUCUAAGAGAGAAUCUGAAGUCCCUCCACAUUAAGUUCACUGAUAUCAAGGAGAUCCCAUUGUGGAUCUACAGCCUGAAGAAUCUCAGAGAGCUGCAUUUAACCGGGAACCUGAGUGCUGAGAAUAAUCGUUACAUUGUCAUCGAUGGGCUCCGAGAGCUCAAAAGUCUCAAAGUGCUACGGCUUAAGAGCAACCUCACUAAGCUUCCCCAGGUGGUAACGGAUGUGGGUGUGCACCUUCAGAAGCUCUCCAUCAACAAUGAGGGCACCAAACUAAUGGUGCUCAACAGCCUGAAGAAAAUGGUCAACCUGACUGAGCUGGAGCUCAUUCGUUGCGAUCUCGAACGUAUUCCGCACUCCAUCUUUAGCUUGCACAACCUGCAGGAAAUUGACCUGAAGGACAACAAUCUGAAGACGAUAGAGGAGAUCAUCAGCUUCCAGCACCUGCACCGCCUCGUGUGCCUGAAGCUGUGGUACAACCAGAUUGCCUAUAUCCCCAUUCAGAUCGGAACACUCACCAACCUGGAAAGGCUCUAUUUGAAUAGGAACAAGAUAGAGAGGAUCCCCAGCCAGCUUUUCUUCUGCCGCAAGUUGCGCUUCUUAGACCUGAGCCACAACAAUCUGACCAGCAUCCACCCAGAUGUGGGCUUCCUCCAGAACCUGCAGUAUUUUGCAGUGACAGCAAACAGGAUUGAGACGUUGCCCCCAGAGCUGUUCCAGUGUAAGAAACUUCGUACUCUGAAUCUGGGGAACAACUGCUUGCAGACUCUGCCGUCACGUUUUGGGGAACUGACCGGGCUGACUCAGCUGGAGCUGCGAGGGAACCGUCUGGAGUGUCUUCCGGUGGAGCUCGGCGAGUGCCGACUGUUGAAGAAGAGCAGCCUGGUGGUGGAGGAGGACCUGUUCAACACGCUUCCCUCAGAAGUGAAAGAGCAGCUGUGGAGGGCCGAUAAGGAACAAGCCUGAGCCGAACCACUGUGGACAGCUGCAGAGGAGAGAAGUUUGAUCAGAGGAAUGAAGAAGCAAUGAAAUUUUGUGAAACUCUGAAGGAGAUGCAGCAGUUCUGGCCCAACAGGCACAGGAAAGUGAUGGCUUUUGGAAUUGUCUCAUGCCUGCCAGUGGAAUAAUCUCAUAACCUAGCUUGGCAAUGAAAGGUGGUUUGGUAUUGUGGCCUUUCAGUGUUUCAUCCAGGUGAUGUUGAGUAUGCAUGCCACAAUAGGAACUGUCCAAAGCAAACCCGUUUAUUUAAACUUGCACGAUUCAACCUUGCCAGUGAUCUAAAUGUGCUGAUUAUCACUACUUUACUAUCAACAGGAAAUAUGCACAGAAGAGUGUUAGCCUGACGUUCUCUGGCCUCGAGACUGAAAAUCACCUUUGAGUUUUAUACGGUUAUAUCUGCAGAUGAGGUGCAGCGUGCCUCACUGUGCUAGCAGAUGUAAUCGAACAAAUGACAGCGCAACUGAUAGCCGAUGUGUUGAGGCAUGAAGCUUCGCCGUGUUGUUUUUCCUUCUGGCUUUCUUUAUGCUCGACUUACUCUGAGGCAUUUUUUUUACGUAGACAAAAUGACUUGAUGAAGAUUAGCAAAUCAUCUCACGGGUGAUCUCACAGCUUAGGCCUUAGCUCAGAAGAUGAACUUCAAAGAAACAAAGCUGUCAAAUAUUCAGUGGAAACAAAUGGGAACACACUCUACAGUUCAAUGUCUAAAUACCCUGCAGUUGUUAAACUAUAACAUCAGUCUGUGAGGCAGGCUGUUUGUUAACUGCAUGGGACAAAUCCAUCUUCUUUCUUUGAAUCUUUCUGUUUCAACGAGCAUUAUACUUUUUUUUGAGUGUGUUACUUUAUCAGAUUUAAUAUGACACCUUGUAAUGUGUUGGGAAAAGGCCAAGAAUUUAUUUUGGUGUACUUUUAAAUUGUACCAUACAUUAGCAUUAUGUUUGGGCCUGUGAGAAGGGCUGUUUUAUUGUGAAUAUUGGAAUGCAAUGUUAUGCACAAUAGACGUGUAGUUUUGGUUUUGCAUUUAUUUUAAAAAGAAAUUGUCAAAGCUAUACCCAUAUUAUUGUUAUUUUCUUUGCUAUGUUGUAAUUACAUGUAAUUAUGUGAGGUUAGCUGUCCUUGCAUUACAAGUCACAGCGGAUUUCUUUUGGUUUUGUUUUGUUUUGGGUUUUUUAGUUAAAAUAUAUGGAGCAUAGAUACUGCUAAUCACACAUCGAGUAGAUAAUACACUUAAAAAAUGAACAAGAAUGAAGGUACUUCUUUUCUUUAUUCCUUUUUUUUAAUGCGCCAUAUGAUUUAUGAAGCUUUAGUCAAGCUUUACAUGUGUGGGACUCCCAAAGGAAAUGAACUUCAGAUGUGAUAAUGGAAAGUUUAGAUACUUCCUGUUUGAGAAGAGUUGAGUCAAGCUUCAAAAGCAGACACUUAUAUGUAAUCUGUUUAUCUAAGUGACAGAUGAGGACAAACAGGAAAUGGAAGAGUGGAGAAACAUUUAGAUCAGACAACAGAAGGGAAACAUUUGCAGAGAGAGGGAGAGAGAAAACGAACAUGCAAUAUGUGAUUCCCACCAUCUAUGGACCAAAUUAAUGUAACAUGCGUGGUUUGCUUGAAACACUUUCCUUAUUAAGGCCUUUGGAUUUAAUAGCAUCAUUUGGACUAAUUCUGCCAUGUUCACCCCAGCCAAGCAUCUCUUGCAGCUAAUAUGGCCUUAGAUUUUACAAGCUUUAUACCCCAGGAAUGAUUGCAAACAUCACAAUCUUGGCUCGUUUUUUAUUUCUUGUGCUGUAAAAUGUAUAGCUGAAAUAUUUAAUGUGUUUGUUUCAUGUGUACCGUAUUCUUCCUACCUGCUGUUUUUCUCUUUUGAUUCAAGCUUUUUAAAGGAAGGUUAACUCUAAUGAUACAAUUAUACCUUUGUUCACGGUAUAUUUUGUUUACUGAGGCCUUGACUGAAUCCAAAUGUCCUUGUAGGGGGAACUAGUAAAGCGCUCCCAUGCAGUAUUAAAAGGCACAAAUAGGAGCUUUAGCUUUAUGUGAGCUGACGAGCAACUAGUGCGGGAUAAACGUGAGCAGUGCCAAGUAUGCGGAUAGGGACUGUUGGCCUGCCAGCCUGCCAAUCAAUCCGCAAAAAUAGGCAAGUAAAUAAUAUAGUAACAUAGAAAUGUGUAUGAUGUUGGGCUAUAACUGGCAGUUUACUCUGAGUUAGCCCAUCUAGUCUGAUUAUUGAUUGUUAUUAUUUUUUAAAAACAAUGUAUCAUGUUGUUCUUCAUUGUUGCCAAUACGUAGCGUUCCUGUUAUUGCUAAUUAAGGUUUUUAUUCCAGGAAAGUGUCACUUUCAAAGCACUAAUAACUGGCCUUAGUCAACUUUAGGUUGUCUGUAAAGCUUUCUGUUUGCACACAGCACUUAAGCAGUGUACAGUGGUACUAAUGGCAGACAGGGCCCGGCUGAUAUUAAUACCGAUAUUUGGUGACUUAAAAAGCCAAUACUCCAAUAUUUUUCUUUUCUCUUUCAAACGCACUAAACAUAAACAAAUUCUCCUGAUGUAUUUUAUGCGUCGUUAUUUAUUCACCUCCGCUCUGCUGGGAUCAGGCGGCUGUUGUGUUUGCGUCGUUCCAAACACGCGUUGAUGAAAGGGAAGUUGCAGACUGCCCUCCGGUGGACAAUCUAUGCAACAUCAACACUCAUGACAUGGUUGAAGGAUGUUUCUCCUGUCUCUUCUUUUUUUAAAGUUUUCAUUUAUCAGCAACACUGUUGUAAAUGCCAAUACCGAUACAUUGGCGAUUAGCUAAUAUCGGGCAAUAAUAUUGUUGUGUUUUAAUGGCAGACUUUAGAUUUACAAAGCCCUGGUUGCUUGAUUUGAGCCCAAGGAUAACAACUGUACGCACAUUUUUUGUUAUAAAAUUUUAGCCUUAACAUGUGGGUCACAUCAUUAGUUCUGGGAGUUCAGACAUAUAUAAAAACCUAAAUUAUUUCCUAGUAGAGCCUGUAUAGUCAGUAUAACUCGCGAAGAUGGAUGGUGCUCAUUCACACUCUCUCACACUACUUUGUCAAAAUUCUCAUGAAUAUGUUUUUAUCUGGGGGUUUGUUUGUUUUGCGUGCGUAUGUUUGGACACAUACGCACAAAUAUUAUGGUGACGAGUUGCCUUGGUCAUUUUUGUUCUGUCCUUUGAGCUGUGACUCGGCUCUACAGUCCUUCACCGUCAUGUCCCUCUGAGUCAUGCGUCUAAUUUUCAGCCCACUCCCUUUUCUGUUAGUGAAUCAGGUGAAGGUCCGAGGAAAAGGUCAGUCAGACAUUCCCACGAAACCAAAAGGAGGAAGUUUUGAUGACUCAUACGUGCUCCUUGGUUACAAGAAAACUCUAGCAGUUUCAGAUAUAGUCUCAGCUCAUUUUCACCCAAACACAUUAAGUCAGUGCGUAUAAAAGCUUUUCUUGUUUUUGUUCUUCUUCUUUUUUGUUAUUUUCCAGCUUUUCCCAAUUCCUUUUGUGUGUUUCUAAAUUAUGUAUCACUUAAGCAAUGUUUGUGUGAAGCAGCGUGACUGGUCAGUUUAUUCUUGCUCAUAAUCAUCAUUCAUAUUGCUGCUGGUUUCCCUUUGGACACUGCUGUUUUUGAAUAAACAAAACAGGACUUCACAACUGAGCAGAAACGACUCGACAAUCUUGACUUACUGUAAAUGGAGGUGAGCUCACCCUCCAGUGUGGGCAUUGUGUACAUCAGUAUAUCAUCUGUUAAUAUUUCCCAAGAUUGUACAUUUCCAGACAGUUUCAUUUCCUUUUCAUCGCCCUAGAUUUUUCUUAAACUGCCGUGGUUGCAUUAUAUUUCUGCCUGUGUAUGGAACAUAAAUCAUGAUUGUAUUUGCUCUGUACAAUUCAUCUCUGUAUUCUGAUGCCUGUGGAUCAGGGAAAAUGGUUCAUUUCCAUCCAUUUCAUUUGAAACCAUGUGUGCGUUGAUACUGGAAGGAACGCUUUUAAACCUAAGCAGCGAUCACGUUAAAUGUAAACUAAAAGUUGGAUGGACGGACUUGUUUCACUCAGCACUGUCUGUAUCACAAGGCCUUUUACUAAUUGUUGCCAAGUGGACUGAACACUGGCUUUUUAAGUGGGACGUCUGUAACAAUGGACAACUGAACUUUGCCUAAUGUUCAGGCUCUCCUUUUGUACCAUUACAAUAUAUGAAAAUAAAAUAAAGUUAAAAUUCUG